CUUGAGGGUGAAAGAACCUCCUCCCCCAAAAGACUAUUUUUAAUUUGGCGGCAUGUUUGGUCACCAGUUGAUAAACUGUGAACACUGUGUUCUCACUGGUUCUCCCUGUGAGCAUGUGACACUCAGUCCCGGCAGAGAAUCUGCCAGACAGAGUUGUGGCACCAGGUGGGACCCAGGCCUGACUCAGACGGCAGCCACUUGGAUUAGCACUGUUGACCUGCUGGUGCCGGUGACUCCAGUCUGUUUGAAAAGGAUCAUGGUGCAUCCACCUUGGGGGGCGUUGGCAGCAGUGAUCACAGCUGGCUAUGGCGAACACAGACAACCAGGGUGCAGGGCACACACGUCAACAUGGCAACGAGACCAACACACUGCACUGAUAGCUCCCAGUAAAUCUGAGGCAACAGAGCAAUGUUUCCAUCGAACAGGGAUCUUCAUUCGUCACUGCCAGAGACGUUACAAGGGAGAACCAGCGAUACAUAGAAACAAAUACAUUGAUCACACAGGUAGUUGUGAUCUGUAUCAUCUGCAUCAGAGCUGCACUGUGGCCCCCCACCUGUCACCCGGCUCUUUAGUGGGAUCUGUUCCUGGUUUCCAAGUGUCUGCCGCUCGAGGUCUUGGAGCAGAUGACCCUGGAUAUAUGGAGCUAACUUCCUGCCAAACUUAACAAAUAAAACAUGUUUUAGAAAUGA